GUUCCACAGUAGUACGGUGGUUGAUACUCGAUAGUCGCUCAGUAUCGUUCGGACCGCGUGUUUUGUUGUUUGUGUGAUCGUCGUCACGCAUUCCUACUGCCUCGGGAUCGUAACGAUUAUUCUUCACUCAACUCAUCGACGCCGCCACCCUACCGAAUCGUAAUUGGCCGAAGCUAUGCUGGAUAUGAUGAACAAAAUGGCCGAGCUGAAGUUCGAAGCGCCGUUGGCGCAAUUCGAAGAGUCGGACGAGUGGACGAAAAUUAUGGACGAUGAAUCACCUCUGCAAUCAACCAAACAUUUUAAUAACCACCAUCACAACCAUAACAAUCACCGCGAUCAGGGCAAUAGUCAACUAACGUCCGUGCAGGACGUAGAACAACUGGACAAUAUGCUCAGUAGUAGGACCUUGGAAUCAAUGAAUAAGUCGUCGUCGUCAUCUUCAUCCCCGUCAUCGUCAUCGUGCGCGCAAUGCGGAGUGAACAACAACAAUAUUGCGGUGGAAGUGACAACGGAUGCGGACAAUUUCGGCGAGACUUUUAGUGGAUCGCUCGAGGACCUCGUGCAUACGUUCGACGACAAGAUCACCAGAUGUUUUUGCGACUACGAGGAGUCCGUGGAGAAACUAGCACCGGUCCAGAUCAGAACACAGGAGGAAAUAAUGAACGAAUGCCAAAUGUGGUGGACUAUCACUGGAAAUUUUGGUAAUAUUCUUCCUAUUGAUUGGUCAAAGUCAUAUGCACGUAAAGUUCAACUGCCAGUACUCAAUUUGAACAACAAUCCACAGGAUGAAUCAUCAGAUGACCUAAGUAGUGAAGAUGAAGCCGUUUCAAAUGACUUGGAUUUACAUACUUUAAUAUUGUCAGGUCCCAAUGCAGAUAUUGAACCUCCUACUGCUGAUGAAGUGAUUAGAGAAAUUGAUGAUAUUAUGGAGGAGGGUACUUCAAGUGAAUGUACUCCAGACUCAGAACAUCAUAAGGAUGUCCAUUCACCAUUGCUUGAAGAAAAAUUAAAAACUUUAAAUGUGACUCAACUUAAUGAAGUUUACAUGGAGCUAGAGUUACUGAUUAGAGACUAUUCUGAGACUUUAAUUACAGAGCUGGCCUUAAGAGACGAGUUAGAAUUUGAAAAGGAAUUAAAAAAUUCAUUUAUAUCACUAUUAUUGGCAGUUCAAAAUAGAAGGAGACAGUAUCAUGUUGAAAAAAAACGGAAUUCAAGAGCAGGAAAUACAAAUAAAAAUGUAACAAACGAACCUAAAUAUUUAACCACUGUUAUACCUUACCAUUUGGAUAAUGGACCUUUAAGUAACCAAGCUCUUCAGGUUCUCAUAAAAAUAUUGAAAGCAAUAAAUGAAGAUAGUCCAACUGUACCUACAUUACUUACAGACUACAUUCUUAAAGUAUUGUGUCCUACAUAAUUGAAAAUGGAUCAGUAGAGUGGUGAUCAACUCCACUCUGAAGUCUACGUGAUAUAACUUAUUUAAUAUUAACUUAUAAUGGCAUAAUUCGUAGAUUUUUAGUGUUAAUAAAUAUAAGUUUUACUUGAGGUAUUCUAUUUAGACAUAAAUAGG